UCCCUGAAGACUGCAGAAAGUUUUAAGGCUGGGAAAUGAGCGAAAUGGCAGAACCAGCAACUAUAACCAGACCCCUGAUAUCCUCCAAGCGACACAAGAGCAUAAGGAAGAAUUCCAGGAGAAUUUAUUCCCCAUAUCAGGACGAUAAUGGACCCUCUGAUGAUGAGGAUAAGGAUGGAGAAAGAGUGGACAGCAAUGAUCCAGAGGAGUUGUUCCAGAACAUUCAGGUUCAGAAGGAAAUCAUCACCAACAUCCGAACUAAACCCUGGCCAAUAAGACGCAAGCUAAAAGUGCUCAAGCAAGCUAGAGAGAUUGUCCUGAAGUAUGAGGGCAGACUGACCAGGACGAGAGGUUACCAGGCAGCAGGGGCAGAUUUGCUGAAGAAAAUUUCAAGACUCUUGUACAACAUUGUCGUCUUGUUCAUUCCCUGGGAGAUGAGGAUCAAAAAGAUUGAAAGUCACUUUGGAUCAGGUGUAGCCUCUUAUUUCAUAUUUCUGCGGUGGCUGUUUGGGAUCAACAUAGUUCUCACUGUCAUGACUGGAGCCUUUAUCGUACUGCCUGAGCUCUUGGCCGGCGCUCCGUUUGGUACCACCCGCAGCAAGACCAUCCCCAAGGAGCACCUUACAUCUGCACAAGACCUGGACACCAUCUGGUCGCUGGGGGGAUAUCUUCAAUAUUCUGUGCUUUUUUACGGCUACUACGGCAAUGUGCGUAAAAUCGGCAGUGCCGGCUACAGACUGCCCUUGGCCUAUUUUCUGGUCGGGAUGGCUGUUUUUGCCUACAGCUUCAUCACUUUGCUCAGAAAAAUGGCUAAAAACUCCCGCAUGAGUUUAGCCGGCGCCUCUGAUGAGAAUUACACCUUCUGCUGGCGUGUCUUCUGUGCGUGGGACUACCUGAUCGGGAACCCAGAGGCGGCCGAGAGUAAAGGGGCGGCCAUCGUCAAUAGCAUCAGAGAGGCCAUUGUAGAGGAGCAAGAAAAAAAGAAAGACACUAGCCUAGCUGUACUGAUCAGUUUGCGGAUUCUGGCAAACAUUCUGGUCCUGAUGUCUCUGACCGGCAGCAUCUACAUCAUCUACUUUGUGGUGGAUCGUUCUCAAAAACUAGAGCAGGAGAAACCCGAGCUAACACUCUGGGAGAAGAAUGAGGUGAGCGUGGUGGUGUCCCUCAUCACAAUGAUUGCUCCGUCAGCCUUUGAGUUAGUGGCUCAGUUGGAGAUGUACCACCCCAGAACGAGUCUCCGCUUCCAGCUUGCCAGAGUUCUGGUGUUGUACCUUGGGAACCUCUACAGUUUGAUUAUAGCCCUCCUGGAUAAAGUCAACAGUAUGAGCUCUGCUAUUUCUGUGGGUGCGGGAAACCUGUCUGACUCAACAUCAUUCCUAGCGACGAUUUCCCAGUCUACCGAGGACAACCUGUCCACCAUCAUCCCAGACAUCACAGAGCUGCAGAACAGCACACUGACCAUGACUCUUCUGGAGCUCAACAACAGCAUGACCACCAUCAAGAGCCCCACAUCCUCCAGACAGCCAAUGAGAAUGCAGUCUCUGCUAAACCAGACCGUCCUCUAUGAGUACAACACCAGAUCACAACAGGACCCCUGCUGGGAAACAUAUGUCGGACAGGAGAUGUUAAAGCUCUCCAUCAUUGAUAUGAUCUUCACGGUGGCAAGUAUCCUGCUCAUUGAUUUCAUCCGGGGACUGGUGGUUCGAUACUUGAGUGACUGCUGCUGUUGGGACUUGGAGAGCAAGUUUCCAGAAUAUGGUGAAUUUAAAAUAGCAGAAAAUGUUCUUCAUCUGAUAUACAACCAAGGAAUGAUAUGGAUGGGAGCGUUCUUUUCACCCUGUCUGCCUGCCUUUAAUGUCCUGAAGCUCAUUGGCUUGAUGUACCUGCGCAGCUGGGCUGUGCUGACCUGUAAUGUUCCCCAUCAGCAGGUCUUUAAGGCCUCCAGAUCAAAUAACUUCUAUCUGACGAUGCUUCUCUUCAUGCUUUUCCUGUGCAUGUUACCGACCGUUUUUGCCAUUGUGAGGUAUCGGCCGUCUCAGUACUGUGGACCCUUCAGUGGCCAGGAGAAGAUUUACGACAUCAUCUCCGAAACCAUUUCCAAUGACUUCCCACUGUGGUUCAGUAAAGUGAUGAGUUACGUCACCAGUCCUGUGGUGGUGCUGCCCGCUUUGCUUCUGCUCUUCAUGCUGAUCUACUACCUCCAAUCCAUCGCUAGAUCACUCAAAGUCACCAACAGCCAGCUGAGAAUGCAGCUGCAGACCGAACGCACGGACGACAAGAAGAAAGUAUUUCAGUUGGCCGCAGCGCGUCUGCAGGGACCUGAGGGUGGUGAUAAAAAGUCAGAACAAGAGAGCGACAUUACUAGUAUGGAGUCGUCCGCCCGCUCUGCCUCCCCUCCACGCCGCAACGGCAGCAUCACCAACUUCGAAGCUCCCGUCCGCCCGGGCAACAGCAUCCGGACCAUAACGCAGUCGGCUUCACGUCCUGACAUCCCUAGAGCUGCUGGAGCGACGCAGAGCCCCACUGUCCCUGUGCGGCAGAAACACAAAUCUGAGCCCAUGGCCAGUAGGCAUUCUGGGUACUUGGGCAGCACCAGCAGUUCCUGCCGCUCCAAGUCCUACCACAACAUGGCCUACAACCCGUGUACACGUUAUGCUGAAAACAUCCACUCCGAUCCACAGUUUCGGAAGACCCUUCGGCCCAUGCACACUGAGCCCGCCGUAAUCACAGCUCAGAGCUACGUGGGCCACCGGGCACAUUCGACACGUUACAUCAUUGUCAAUGAACACGAAGCUCGCAAGAAGCUCAUGCGCUCAAAUACACGCAUACCGAGACAUUACCGUCUCGCAGACGAACCAACGGAGAUCGUAGAGCUCUAUCCACGUAACGUGAAAUGUUACAUUCCUCGUCCUCUUCACCGAAGCCACCAGCCACACCUCAACGAGGAAGAGGAGGAGGAAGAUCCAAAGAGCAGCACGAAGAGGGCAUCGUUCAGACAGUCGAAACGUCCACGACCACUGUCGGAUCUCCAUCAGACCGCGCGAUUCUACAUUGGCGAUACAACAAACAGUCAGUUGUCUAUGGAGCAGGGUUUAUACUGCGAUGAAGAAGAGGAUGAUCAUGAAGAAGAUUGGGUGAACGACCCUCAGACAAACAUUCGAGGUCCAGAAUCGGCUCACAGGUGCGGUGAACCAUACGUCAAGCCCAAGACCAAGCAUAAAGUGGAGCCGUCUCUGACCGAGUCAGAUUCAGCAUCGCUGGCGUCCAGUAGUGACCAACAAAACAGCAGCACAGACCAGUACAUCCAGGUCAUUCACAACAAAAAGAAGUACCUGAAGUCCAGCGCCAAGCUGACCAAAACAAAAUCCAAGAGCAGUGUUAAACUCAAUGUUCCUGGAACUAAUGAUCUUGUCUGCUCCAACGUUUAACCUAUUUAGAGAUUAUGGCUCUGCUCGAAAACACCGUCAAGCUUUCUGUGUAGGAAGCAUUUUAGGUGUACACUAACACCAAGUCUGUUUCAUGAGGCAGGAUGCAACAUUAUCCUGCCUUCUAAAGGCUGGAAUACAUUAGACGACUUUUAAAAUUGGAAUACAUUUCUGAUGACUUUUAAGUUGUUCCUAGUCGUUGCUAGGAGACAUGUGACAAAUGAAAACAAUAUGUGUUCUAAAAUCGGCUCAAAAUAACAAAUACGUUUGAUAUCCGCCAGCUGGAGAAAAUCAGUCAGCGACAUCACCACUUCGCAAUUUACUGUGAACUCUGACUGCUUACAAUCUACUGAAUGACUCUGAUUUUGGCAACUAUGGUCCACUUGUCUAGACUGUGAAUCAGGGCUAAACUGUGGUCAAAAGUAUUCAAACCUUAAAAGGCCUUCUUCUGGCCAAAUUGUAAAGCAGCCUUACAGGUGAUGGUCAUAUAAUUAGAAUAUCAUAAAAAAGUUGAUUUAUUUCACUAAUUCCAUUCAAAAAGUGAAACUUGUAU